AUGGAUAAACAUGGUCAACUGGAAAUGAAAAAUCCUUUUACAUGUGGCCUUACAAUUCCUGAAGAUGGUACAAAAUUGCCACCAACUGUUGUUUUUAAUGGCAAACAAUUUACCUCCUCAAAUUAUCAUGGUAAUGAUGGAUGGAUGGACAAGAUUGGAAUAAAGCUUGGUUUGAUAAGGUGUAGAAUUACAAAAAAAGCACUUUUUAUUAUGUAUAGCUUUAAAGUUCACAAGACAGAUCCUAUCAAAAAAAUUGCACAAGAUGAAAAUGCUGAUCUAGAAAUCAUUCAGGGGUCCUCAACUCUUUUACUUCAACAAAUUAUUUAA